UUGACCGAGGAAGCACGUGCACGCGCGCUGCUGCCCGCAGAGCCGUCAUUGGCUGGGACAAACGAGGUCCUGAGCGCCGAUUGGUCCGAAGUUUAUCCGUUCGGCUUUGGAGGUCCCACGCGGCGGUCACGUCACGCACAAAAAGCAGCGUGGGAUCCCCCGUGGCACCCACUCAGAGCCAUGCUGACCGUGUGCCUGGAGUCUCUCGGUCUGACGCUGUGCGUCGCCGGCUCCGUGCUCGUGAUGGCCGCGUGCGGGAUGCCCACAUGGAAGGUGUCGGCGUUCAUCGACUCCAACAUCGUGGUGGCGCAGACGAUCUGGGACGGCCUGUGGAUGACGUGCGUGGUGCAGAGCACGGGCCAGAUGCAGUGCAAAGUGCACGACUCGGUCCUGGCGCUCACGCGGGACCUGCAGACGGCGCGCGCGCUGACGGUGCUGUCCGCCGCGCUGGGGUUCGCGGCCCUGGCGGUGACCGUCACGGGCGCGCAGUGCACCACGUGCGUCGCCGACUCGGCGGUGAAGCGCAGAGUGGUGCGCGCGGGAGGGAUCGUGUACGCGGCGAGCGGCCUGUUCGUGCUCGUGCCUCUGUGCUGGAUCGCCAACAACAUCAUCGUGGAUUUCCAUGACCCGCACGUGGCCUCGUCCAAGAAGCGUGAGAUCGGCGCGGCCAUCUACACGGGCUGGGCGGCGGCGGCGCUGCUGCUGCUCGGCGGCGCCGUGCUCUGCUGCUCCUGCACGCGCACAGCCGCCAGCGGCAAGUACGCGCCCAGCACGGAAACCACGUGCACGGCGGAGUGUGACAAAAAAUACUACGUAUGAAAAAAAUCACACUGUGGGACAAACUGUCACCCGCCGAGGUCACGGAGUCAUUAAAGGAGCAGUCAAAAAGACAAAAAACAUACCACCAGGAGGCGCUGUCGGUGCUCUAAAUGUCGCUAAAAUUUGCCAGUUAAAUUAAGUUUUCACGUCUAAUUUGCAUAUGGCGGGAAACUGAACUGCAUCCUCUGCUCUGGAAGGUUGGAUUAUUUUGUUUGUUUUGUUUGUUGGGGCUGGGAUGACAUAUAAUGUUGAUUUUUAUAUAUAUUUUGCUAUUUUUGUCAUUUAUUAUGUCCAUCUCUUCACGAACUGACCAUUUGUGCAGAAUAAAAGUUGCCAUGUUUGAUU